UUUAAACAGAGCUACGUGUAAUGAUCCGAAAGAGAACAAACGACAGGAGCGCCAACCGUCCCCGACGGUCCAGCCUAUGGCAAAACUGCACCAACCUGCGAGGUCUGAAACAAGUCCACGCUUUUAUACUCGUCAGCGGCUUCAACUCCAACCCCUCUGCUCUCAGAGAACUCAUCUUCGCCAGCGCCAUUGCGAUUUCAGGUACCAUAGGUUAUGCGUACCAACUGUUCGCUCAUAUUACCGAACCAGACAUCUUCAUGUGGAACACCAUUAUCAGAGGCUCAGCUCAGAGCCUUAACCCUUUACACGCGAUUUCUCUUUAUACCCAGAUGGAGAAGCGGCACAUAAAGCCUGAUAACUUCACUUUCCCGUUUGUACUCAAGGCCUGCACUAAGCUUUCUUGGGUGAAGAUGGGGUUUGGGAUUCAUGGGAGGGUGGUGAAGUAUGGGUUCGAAUCGAAUACCUUUAUGAGAAAUACCCUUAUUUAUUUUCAUGCUAAUCGUGGGGAUUUGAGCAUUGCGAGAACUCUUUUUGAUGGGUCGGCGAAAAGGGAUGUUGUACCUUGGUCAGCUUUGACAGCCGGGUAUGCGAGGCGAGGGGAGCUGGGUCUUGCGAGGCAACUUUUUGAUGAAAUGCCGGUUAAGGAUUUGGUCUCUUGGAAUGUUAUGAUAACAGGGUAUGUGAAGCAAGGGGAUAUGGAGAGCGGGAGGAAACUCUUUGAUGAGGUCCCCCAGAAAGAUGUGGUGACUUGGAAUGCGAUGAUUGCAGGGUAUGUGCUUUGUGGGUCACAUGAGCAGGCAUUGGAGAUGUUUGAGGAGAUGAGAAGUGUGGGAGAGCGGCCGGAUGAGGUGACCAUGUUGAGUCUGUUGUCUGCUUGUACGGAUUUGGGAGAUUUAGAUGUUGGGCAGAAGAUACACUACAAAGUUUUGGAUUUGUGUUCAGGAGAUUUGAGCAUUUUACUUGGGAAUGCACUUAUAGAUAUGUAUGCCAAGUGUGGGAGUAUUGAGACAGCACUUGAUGUGUUCCGAGGGAUGAGAGAAAGAGAUGUGUCUACUUGGAAUUCAGUAAUUGGAGGCUUGGCUUUCCAUGGCCAUGCUGAGGAAUCAAUCAAUCUGUUUAUCAAGAUGAGGAGGUUGAAAGUCAGGCCAAAUGAGAUAACUUUCGUUGGAGUCUUGGUUGCUUGCAGUCAUGCUGGAAAAGUUGAAGAGGGGCGAGGAUACUUUAAUCUUAUGAUAAAUGAGUACAAAAUUGAGCCAAACAUUAGGCAUUGUGGGUGUAUGGUGGACUUGCUAGGGCGAGCUGGGCGAUUAAAUGAAGCAUUUGAGUUCAUAGACUCGAUGGAGAUUGAACCCAAUGCCAUUGUUUGGAGGACUCUGCUUGGGGCAUGCAGAAUUCAUGGGAAUGUCGAGUUGGGACGGCGUGCAAAUGAGCAGCUACUUGAAAUGAGAAGGGACCAGAGUGGGGAUUAUGUUCUUCUAUCUAACAUAUAUGCUUCACGAGGUGAGUGGGAUGGGGUUGAGAAGGUGAGGAAGUUGAUGGAUGACAGUGGGGUGAGGAAAGAGCCUGGCUGUAGCCUAAUUGAAGCAGAUAACAGAGCUCUUAUGCAGUUUUUAUUUGAUUCAAAGCCUAAGUUGAAUUCGAGAAACCAUAUGUCUUGAGUUUCAAAUAGGUAAAUUAUACGUUGUUCAGAAAUAACCAAACAACAGUAUAAGUGCAUGUAUCAUGACAUUUUUUCUUGUAUAAGUUAUUCGAGAAAACCACCUUAGAGCUGCUUUUGUAUCCUGAUUUAUUCAUCAAUAAAUCGACAAACCAGAAAGUUUUGAAUU